UGAUUUGGAUUUUGGGACAAUUUUUUUUUUGUAAAUAUAAAUCAAAUAAAUCAAAUUAUCACAAUUAUAAUUGUAAAAAUUUCACGCGUACUUAUUCUAUGUAUUUCUCUCUCACCUGUACUUGUAAUUGAUAUAUGAUUGUAUUUGUCUUGUUUUUUUUUGUAUCUGCUGUUCCAUCCAUCCACUCAUUUGAUGAAUGUAAAAAUCUAAAAAUUUUUUCUCUGUACAAAAAUGAUAAUGAAGAAACGAAUAAAGUUUUUUUUUACAAAAUAGACAUUUAAGAUAUGUUGAUGAUCACGAUCAUCACCAUGGUAUUUGUGGUCGUCUGCAUGAGACAAGAAAAAAAAAAAAAAACAAGUUUGAAUUUUACCGAUAUUCUUAUCUUUUUUUCAUACACUGAAUUUCGAUUUUCUUUCCAGGUUUCAAUGGGGCUGAAAUUUUUAAAAUGCCUUUUUCAAAUAUUCUCAACUAAAAAACAAUUAUUCUUUCCGACAAUGGAUUCAAAAACUUGGGUUUCGUUUUCGGCAAAAAUUUCGAUUAGAUAUUGCAUGCCAGAUAAUGUCAAACAUUAAAAAAAUCGAAAAUUUCUUCGAAAAAAGUCAUAUGAAUAUCGAUUUUAAUUUUCAUCUGUUCUACUGAACCAAGAAACCGUAAUUUCAAUAAUUUAUUUUUGUUUUUAAAAAAAUUCAAAAUUCAAGUUUUGGAAACCAAGGUAUCCCAGUCGACAAUAACAACAACAAAAGAAACAGAAAAAAAAUUCUGGAACGAUAUAUGUGCACUGCGAAUAGUUUUCGCUAAACGCUGUCGCUGGUGGUGGUUGUGUUCCGAUCAAAAUUGUUGUUGGUUAACAUUGUGUUUCAUACAUCUGAAUCAUAUCUUUGUUAAUCAUGGAUCAAAUGAAAGGUUUCAAUUCGCAAAUGCUGAAUCGAGAUGCAUUCACCAUACCGAAAUUGGCAUAUGAAUCCUAUUUUAAAAUAUUCGGCCUAAUAUCAUCUGGCCUAGACUUCGGCCAGCGUUAUGGCCCAGUUAAACAGGAUAAAACAUCGUCAAAUCUAAAACGUUUCUAUUGUCAAUUCGUUUGUUUAUUGUUAUGGUUCUUUGCCAUUCGUAGUUUUGUACUAAUGUUCAUCGGUGAUCGUGAAAUUCAAUUGAUGAUGGGCGAUUUGACUGGAUUUUGGAAUGAUUACCGAAUGUAUUAUCUGAUGCCUACAUUCUAUUAUUCAUUACAGACGGCCAUCAUAGCGACAAUUUUCUUGCGAAACGAAAGCGAGUUGGCCUGGCUAGUUCCAUUCAUAUCGGUGAAACAGAUGCAAACAAAUUCGAUACGUACAGCCAAGUACGAUACGAACAAUCAUGAACGGCGAACUCAGAUAACGAUCAUAAUGAACAAUCUGAUUGUAUUGAUUGCUACCGGUAUGGUUGCCAUGCUUUAUUUGCUUACAGCCUAUGAGAAUAUGGAUGAUACAACUUUCAAAAUGUUCUUGCCAUGGAUUGGCAUACAAGCUGUUUGGAUAUUCUUCAUGACUGGAAUCAAUAUGUUUACAAUGACCUAUUUCAAUCUGGUCUGUUUAAUUCUAUCCAAUCGUUUCAAACAGGUGUGCAAAGAUAUUGAAGCAUUGGCUGAAUCCGACCCUGGACCAUUGGGCAGUAAGAACAAUGCAUUGUCAACGUUGUACUAUGAACAUAAUGAAAUAUGCGAAUUGGUCGAUGAAUCGAAUAGCUUUUGGCAAUCAUUCAUAUUUUUCAACUAUCUAUGCCAUAUUCCUUGCAAUUGUUAUGCAUUGUAUAAUCUAUUCUUUGCUGAAUUCGAUGAUCUAUUGGCCAUUGUUACAUGGACCGUAUUCCUCCACACUAUACUAUUCUUGGCAUUCAUCUCAUUAUCGGCUGCCGAUGUAUCGGCAGAAGCUCAUAGUCCAUAUACAGCGUUGCAUACAUUGUCAUUGCUUCAAUUACCAAUCGAUCUUGAAGUUAACAUGUCAACAUUUUUGCAUCGUGUUCGUGGUCCUACCAUUGGUUUCUCUUGUUUGGAUCUGUUUGUCAUAACCAAUGCUAGUAUUUCAAAUACAAUCGCUGCUGUUGCUUCAUACUUUUUGAUUGUUGCCGAUUUCAGCCGAUCAACUGCAGCGGCAAAUGCUGCAGAAAAACGUGAAGAAGCGGCCAAAGCAGCAUUGAAUUUGACUACAACAGUUGCACCCCCGGUCACACAAUAAUUUGGAAAACGAAAACAAAAUUCCAAAUUCAAAACCGGUUCACUGGAUAACAAUUAUUGAUAUAACAAGCUUAUUAUUAUCAUCACAAAUCACAAAUAUUAAUUACAACACACUAAGUAGUACUAGUAGUAGUACACAAUUAGAUUGCACCAUAUAAACAAAGCAAACGAAAAUAAAUGUCAAAUCAAAACAAACCAAGCAAAAAAAUUAAUCACAAUUUCGAUUAUUAUUAUCAAUUAUCAGUAUCAAUAUCGAUCGAAGGAGUAUUGGAAAUCAUUUAUACUUUUGAUAAGAUAAAAAUGAUUCUUGAAUUGUUGUGACAUUGCUCUAUAAAUCGAAAAGAAUGAAAGAAGGAAUUUAUUUAUUUAUUUAUUUAUCCAUGCGUAUGACCGACAAAAAAUAUAUACUUAUUCAAUUAAAGUGUCCGAUUUCUGUGUGUCUGAA